AUUUUUAGAGCAGAAAACACUGAAUAUAAGGCCAUAUAAAUAUAACUAACAAAGUCCCAUGUAAGAACUAUUCACUUUCAGGUAGGGUUUAAAACUGUCCACCUAACUCACAUCAUGCAUCCUCCUCCUGCUCCUCCUACUCCUCCUCCUCCACCUCCUACUCCACCAUCUCCUUCUCCUCCACCUCCUACUCCUCCUCUUCCUGCUACUCCUCCUGCUCCUCCUACUCCUCCUCUUCCUGCUACUCCUCCUGCUCCUCCUACUCCUCCUCCUCCUCCUCCUCCACCUCCUACUCCUCCUCUUCCUGCUACUCCUCCUGCUCCUCCUCCUCCUCCUCCUCCACCUCCUACUCCUCCUCUUCCUGCUACUCCUCCUGCUCCUCCUAUUCCACCAUCUCCUCCUCCUCCACCUCCUACUCCUCCUCUUCCUGCUACUCCUCCUGCUCCUCCUCCUCCUCCUCCUCCACCUCCUACUCCUCCUCUUCCUGCUACUCCUCCUGCUCCUCCUAUUCCACCAUCUCCUUCUCCUCCACCUCCUACUCCUCCUCUUCCUGCUACUCCUCCUGCUCCUCCUCCUCCUGCUCCUCCUACUCCACCAUCUCCUUCUCCUCCACCUCCUACUCCUCCUCUUCCUGCUACUCCUCCUGCUCCUCCUACUCCUCCUCCUCCACCUCCUACUCCUCCUCUUCCUGCUACUCCUCCUGCUCCUCCUCCUGCUCCUCCUACUCCACCAUCUCCUUCUCCUCCAUCUCCUACUCCUCCUCUUCCUGCUACUCCUCCUGCUCCUCCUCCUCCUCCUCCUCCACCUCCUACUCCUCCUCUUCCUGCUACUCCUCCUGCUCCUCCUACUCCUCCUCCUCCACCUCCUACUCCUCCUCCUCCUGCUACUCCUCCUGCUCCUCCUCCUCCUCCUCCUCCACCUCCUACUCCUCCUCUUCCUGCUACUCCUCCUGCUCCUCCUAUUCCACCAUCUCCUUCUCCUCCACCUCCUACUCCUCCUCUUCCUGCUACUCCUCCUGCUCCUCCUCCUCCUGCUCCUCCUACUCCACCAUCUCCUUCUCCUCCACCUCCUACUCCUCCUCUUCCUGCUACUCCUCCUGCUCCUCCUACUCCUCCUCCUCCACCUCCUACUCCUCCUCUUCCUGCUACUCCUCCUGCUCCUCCUCCUGCUCCUCCUACUCCACCAUCUCCUUCUCCUCCAUCUCCUACUCCUCCUCUUCCUGCUACUCCUCCUGCUCCUCCUCCUCCUCCUCCUCCACCUCCUACUCCUCCUCUUCCUGCUACUCCUCCUGCUCCUCCUACUCCUCCUCCUCCACCUCCUACUCCUCCUCCUCCUGCUACUCCUCCUGCUCCUCCUCCUCCUCCUCCUCCACCUCCUACUCCUCCUCUUCCUGCUACUCAUCCUCCUCCUGCUCCUCCUACUCCACCAUCUCCUCCUCCUCCACCUCCUACUCCUCCUCUUCCUGCUACUCCUCCUGCUCCUCCUCCUCCUCCUCCACCUCCUACUCCUCCUCUUCCUGCUACUCCUCCUGCUCCUCCUCCUCCUCCUCCUCCUCCUCCUCCACCUCCUACUCCUCCUCUUCCUGCUACUCCUCCUGCUCCUCCUCCUCCACCUCCUCCUCCUCCUCCUCCUCCUCCUCCUCCUCCUCCUCCUCCUCCUCCUCCUCCUCCUCCUCUUCCUGCUACUCAUCCUGCUCCUCCUCCUCCACCUCCUCCUCCUCCACCUCCUCCUCCUCAUGCUACACCUCCU